CGCUAGCUUCUGUUUCCUUGGUAACAGUGCGGGACCUACGUCACGUCCGGUCUGUCUCACGGCUCUCGUGGUGUUCCUCGUGUUCCGUGUGUUGGUUUGUUUGUUUGUUCGUUCUUACCGGAGAAGGGGGCGGGCACGCGGCCCGCCCCGGUUAUACCGCCAGCCAUGACGGAGCCCGCGGGAAUUUCUAGCAGGCACGAGAAGAGUCUGGGUCUCCUCACCAGUAAAUUCGUUACCUUACUACAGGAGGCGAAGGACGGGGUGCUGGACCUGAAGGUGGUGAGUGAGCUCUCGGGAUUCCCAGGGGCUGAGUGAGCUGUCAGUGUUUGGGGGGGCUGAGUGAGCUGUCAGUGUUUGGGGGGGCUGAGUAAGCUGUCAGUGUUUGGGGGGCUGAGUGUGAAGGUGGUGAGGGAGCUGUCAGUGUUUGGGGCUGGAGUGUGAAGGUGGUGAGGGAGCCUGUCAGUGUUUGGGGGCUGAGUGUGAAGGUGGAGUGAGCUGUCAGUGUUUGGGGGCUGAGUGUGAAGGUGGGGGAGUGAGCUGUCAGUGUGGGGGCAGGUGGGAGGAGCUGUCAGUGGGGGCUGGAGUGUGAAGGUGGGGAGUGAGCUGUCAGUGUUUGGGGGCUGAGUGUGAAGGUGGUGAGUGAGUCUGGGGGCUGAGGUGAAGGUGGGGAGUGAGCUGUCAGUGAUUGGGGCUGAGUGUGAAGGUGGGGAGUGAGCUGUCAGUGUUUGGGGGGCUGAGUGUGAAGGUGGGGAGUGAGCUGUCAGUGUUUGGGGGCUGGCUGAGGUGAAGGUGGGGAGUGAGCUGUCAGUGUUGGGGGCUGGCUGAGUGUGAAGGUGGUGAGUGAGCUGUCAGUGAUUGGGGCGGGGGCUGAGUGUGAAGGUGAGAGUGAGCUGUCAGUGUUUGGGGGGCUGAGUGUGAAGGUGGAGAAUGAGCUGUCAGUGUUUGGGGGGCUGAGUGUGAAGGUGGGGAGUGAGCUGUCAGUGUUUGGGGGGUGGAGUGUGAAGGUGGGGGAGUGAGCUGUCAGUGUUUGGGGUACUGGAGUGUGAAGGUGGGGAGUGAGCUGUCAGUUUGGGGGAUGAGGUGAAGGUGAUGAGUGAGCUGUCAGUGUUUGGUGGGAUGAGUGAAGGUGAUGAGUGAGCUGUCAGUGUUUGGGGGGCUGAGUGUGAAGGUGUUGAGUGAGCUGUCAGUGUUUGGGGGCUGAGUGUGAAGGUGGUGAAUGAGCUGUCAGUGUUUGGGGGGCUGAGUGUGCUGUCAGUGUUUGGGGGCUGAGUGUGAAGGUGGUGAGUGAGCUGUCAGUGUUUGGGGGAGCUGAGGUGAAGGUGGUGAGUGUGCUGUCAGUGUUUGGGGGCUGAGUGAAGGUGGUGAGUGAGCUGUCAAGGUGGUGACAGCUGGAGAAUGAGCUGUCAGUGUUUGGGGGGGCUGAGUGUGAAGGUGGGAGAAGUGACUGUCAGUGUUUGGGGGGGCUGAGUGUGAAGGUGGGGAGUGAACUGUCAGUGUUUGGGGGGGUUGAGUGUUUAGGCGAUGAGUGAGCUGUCCGUGUUUGGGGGGGCUGAGUCUGAAGGUGAUCAGUGAGCUGUUGUGGUGCUUAGGGUCUGGACCGACCUGAAGGUAGUAAGUGAGCUGUCAGUGCUUGGGGGCUGCUUCUGAGAGUGGUGAGUGAGCUGUCAGGGUGCUUGUGGGCUGGACCUGAAGGUGGUCCAGUGUUUAGAGGCUAGACCUGAAGACAGUGAGUGAGUUGUAAAGGGGUGAGUAAGCUGCCAUUGUGCUUAGGGGCUGGACAUGAAGGUGAGUGAGCUGCCAUGUUGCUUAGGGGCUGGACAUGAAGGUGAGUGAGCUGCCAUGUUGCUUAGGGGCUGGACAUGAAGGUGAGUGAGCUGCCAUGUUGCUUAGGGGCUGGACUGAAGGCGAGUGAGCUGCCAUGUUGCUUAGGGGAUGGACCUGAAGGUGGUAAGUUGUUAUGGUGCUUAGGGGCUGGACCUGAAAGUUGUGAGUUAGCAGCCACUGUGUUUAGGGGCUAUUCCUGAAAGUGGUGAGUGAGUUGUCAUGGUGCUUAGGGGCUGGACCUGAAGAGGAGUGAGCUGUGGUGGUUCCUAGGUUCAGGGCCCAAAGGCAUAGUGAACUGUCAGGGUGCCUAGGGCUGUAACUGUUGUUAGUAAGGUUUUAUAGUCCUCCGGGACUUGACCUGAAGAUAGUGAGUUGUCAUAGUUCUUAGGGGCCCGUCCUGAAGGUGGUGAGAAGCUGUCAUGUUGUCUUGGUUUACCCCCAAACAACAUGAUCACUUUUAAGUGAUCAUGGUACUUGGAGUCUGUAUGUAUAGCCCAUUUGCUGCAGGAGGUGUAAUUCCACAUCUGGCAGCAUUCAUUGGCUGAGCGUGUUCAGCUGAUGCUCACAGUUAAUUAAAGUUGAUCAGAUCAGCUUCUUAAGCUUUGCAGAACCACAAAUAAAGGAGCCAAGCAGGGACCCAGAUACAAGGAUAAACUGUUGCUAAAUUGUGGAACUAGGCCACUGUAGCUGGCUGUAGUGGUUGUGAAUCUUAGAGUAACAAUUUAAAGGGACACUAUAAUCACCAGAACUGCCGCUUAUUGUAUUUCUUCUGAUGAGUAUAAUCAUUCCCUUCAGGCUUUUUUCAGUAAACACUGUUUUUUACAGAGAAAAUGCAGUAUUUACAUUACAGUCUAGGGAUGCCUCCACUGGCCCUCAGGCGGAUAGUGUGAAAUACCGCCUGGCACCCCGACUGGGUGAUUCCGCCAAUCGAUGCUUCCUAGCUAAUGCUGAGGACCAUAAGCACCGCACCGGACACCAUAAGUACCGUAGCCCCCACUAGGCGCUGCAGUUUGCUGGGGUCUCACCGUCCCUUCCCACCCUGGACCAAACUCCUGGAUCCAGCUCUCAGUGGAAAGGCCUCUCCUCCAAAAGUAUAGCUGUGAAGCUCUUACAACAGCUAGUGGUUAUAGCAGUAUAGCUGUUCUCUACAAUCACGAGACGAGGCUGCGUGUUGACGGUGAAGUGGACUGGUUUAAUGGUAGCUACACUGGCAUUUUAUGCAAGUCCCCAUGCAACGGGCACACACAUAUGGACCUUGUUGGGGACUGUGACACCAACUCUUAAGAGAAAAUGCACUAUUUACACUACAGUCUAGGGAUACCUCCACUGGCCCUCAAAUGGAUAGCGUGACAGACCGCCUGGCACCCCAACUGGGGGCCUCCUGAAUCGAUGCUUUCUAGCUGACGCAGAGGACCAUCAGCACCGCACCGGACACCAUAAGCCGAAUCAUGCUUUUCACCACAGAUAGUAGAGGUGCAUUCUGGGGCCAUACACCAAUCGGGCUAGAUGGUGUUUUAACACUUUUUAGGGUCUGGAAUACAUGUUUGUGUUCCUGAUCGUAUAGUUUUCUUUUAACUUGCAGGUGAUGAGUGAGCUGUUAAGAUGCCAGCAUUUGCCAAGUGAGCUAUAAGGGUGCUUGAGGACUGCAUAGAAAUUUGGUGAAUGUUUGCCAGCUGAUAUAAUAUAAACUUAAUUUAUAAAGUGGCAACCUAUCCCAGUACUUAAUAAUAAAUCACCAAUGUACAAGCAUUUGUUGAUUUGAAAGGGAGUUUAUUUUUUUUCAUAUUAGUACAGUAAUUCAGAUGUAAAAUGACAGAUAAAAUUUGUAUCUUGUAAUACCAUUUUUUAAUUUUUAUUGUUAUACUAACAAGUUUGGAACCACAAACUUUGGAACUCAAAGUUGAGUUGUGGAACGCUGGUUAAAGGGUUACUCUGAGCACCAUGACCACUUUAUUGACAUGAGGUGGACAUGGUACUUGGAGUUUGUUAGUGCUGGGUUUUGCUUUGAAGAGCUGCCUAUACAGAAAUUGCCCCUCUUCUGUCGGAUGUGUAACUUCACCUCUGGCAGCGUCACAGGGCCUCGUUAUCCAGCCCAGAACUAGAGUUCCUGGUGGGUAAUGUUAAUUCUGUGCAAAAUUGGCAUCUGACCCCAGCAUGCUCACGGCAAACGGCUUAUAACAGUUGCAUGUCCCAUCUCCCCGUGCCCCCCUGUUUUCUCCUCACCGCUUAUCUCUAACAAGCUUCCUCUGCUGUCUCCCAAAUACACCAUUGUUCGGAUACAUACAGAUCAUUUAAAUCCCUCAUUUCUUUCUGUGUAUUUGUCCUUCAUUCCUUUAGAGCAGGAGUUCCCAACCCAGUCCUCAAGUACCCCCUACCAGUCCAGGAUGUUAUACCCAUGAGUGCACCUAUUUGGGGUUUCCUGACAUUGCUUACAGACCUGCAUCUUUACUAUUAUAGUACUGCUUUAAUAUACACACAAAAUAUAUUAUUGGAUGAUAGUUAUUCAUUGUAUUCCCCCCACUUUUUAUUAUUUUUUUGGUUAUAAUUCUCUUCUGUAUUGUGAUUGAAAAAUGUAUUAAUAAAAACUAUUUGAAAGACCAGCAUCAAAAGCAUAUAGUAUACAGGAUUUUACUUCUCUCAAUCCUGAAUCUAGCCCUCCCUGCUACAUUUGGUAGUUUAGCUACUACAUUAUCACUGCAAAUCCAUCCAGGUUUGGGUAGUCAUAAGUCUGAGAACAAUGGAAGUGGCUUUGCCCAGUACUCUUAGCCUAUCAUUGCCAGCCAAACUUGGAUGAAACGUAUAGAUUAACUUAAUGGCAGCAGAGGGUUUUGGUGCUGGGAGAGGCCUGGCUCAUAUAGCAGUGGAGCAGGUCACUAUUUUAGAUUCUCUCCAAAUAAGGGCACAAACUCUAUCUUGAAUAUAUCAUCCAAUGCCACUUGAGGUCAGCUGCAUUGAGCUAACGAAAACAGGAAGUACAUUACUUGUUCUCUGCUUCAAAGCCAAGGGGGUGUAACCAGGUUAAUUUGUAAAAGUGUCAAUUUCUAUUAAACUCUGCACUUUUUUCCAAAGGGGGGCGGGCACACUUUUCACACACAAAGCUUUUUUAACAAGCAAGUUGUUUAGGCAUCUGGAGUGACCAUUUAAGUGAAGUAAAAAAACACUAAUCUCUGAUCUUGAGGUUUGGUUAUGCAAUGCGAUAAGCCUCUAUGUACAGACAAAAUGUGAACAAAAGAAAACGAAAAUAUCCUCCAUUGUCAUAUGAUUCUUAAGCAAGGAGUUUGUUAUAUAUCAUACACUAACUCUACAUAUAUUCAAAGUCAAAUAAUGGGCUACAAAUCAUGGCUUUCAUAAAACAGAGUAUUUGGCAUAGUCUGUAAGUUGAUUCAAAAGUAUCUAGACACUGAUAUUUUCCGUAUAUAACUUUCCCUUCAUUCUGCCUGCUUAGACUGUUUGUUUAUAUGGAGUAGUUAGAAAGCUGACGAGCUGAGAAAUAACAGUGCCUGAGUAUCUCAUAUCACCUAUAUCUAUAUGGCAUUGGAUACAAUGUCUGACUCUUAAAAUUGAGUCUACUAGAAAAAGGAUCCUUAGCACUACUGAAGUCUAUUGCCCUGAAAUAUCCUUGGAGCUCCGUGAGAAACCACACUACAGCUUCUACUUACUUGACUUUCCAAAAAACAUAACCUUCCAAAAACAAGUGAAGUUAGAAAAACACAUUACCAUUUUAAAGCCAAUCUAAAUAAAUUGAAGUGAAAGAACGGUUUCAGCGCCAACCGUGUGCCUUCCUCUGAGGGAUACAGAGAAAUAUUUAUACAGAAAGUAUGGGUGUCUAAAUCCUUUGUAUCAAUUUGCAUAUUAGAUCAUCUGUUACAGGAGAUCCGUGACUUUGCAUUGUAAAAAAUUAAAGGAAUACUACAAAGACCCCCAGAAUUCUUGAGGGUAGUUGAUAAUCUAUUUACACCAUUUUGCAAGUCUUUGAAAAUGUUAAGUUUGUUAACACUAAAUUAUAAUCCCAUGACCCACUCUUAUGCAGAUUGUUAGAAAUGUAGUAGUUUUAUUUAGAUUAAAAUAGGAAGGCAAAGUGACUAUUUGCACAGCAAGGUGUGAGUGUGAUUGCUCUAUUUCUAACUGCCUGUUGCUAUUGUAAAGCAUCAUAGAAACAUAGAAUGUGACCGCAGAUAAGAACCAUUCGGCCAAUCUAGUCUGGCCAAUUUUCUAAAUACUUUCAUUAAUUCCUUAUAUUAUAUCUAGGAUAGCCCUAUGCGUAUCCCACACAUGCUUAACCCCUUAAGGACCAAACUUCUGGAAUAAAAGGGAAUCAUGACAUGUCACACGUCAUGUGUCCUUAAGGGGUUAAACUCCCUCACUGUGUUAAUCUCUACCACUUCAGCUUGAAGGCUAUUCUGUGCAUCCACUACCCUCUCAGUAAAGUAAUACUUCCUGAUAUUAUUUUUAAUCCUUUGCCCCUCUAAUGUAAGACUGUCCUUUUUUUUUUUUAAAAUAUAUUCUCCUGUGUUGAUUCCCUGUCUUGUGUUUCCUAUAUAUUUUAAGAUCUUUUUAAAGGACCACUAUAGUGCCAGGAAAACAAACUCGUUUUCCUGGCACUAUAGGGUCUUUAGGUCUCCCCCAUCCUCCGGGUCCCACUCCCGCUGGGCUGAAGGGGUUAAAACCCCUUCAGUCACUUAACUUUCUCUAGUGCUGGGCCCCUUCAGCGCUGGGGAACUCUCCUCCCUCUGCCGACGUUAGCGCUGAAUGCGCAUGCGCGGCAAGAGCCGCGCGCGCAUUCAAACUGCUCAAAGGAAAGCAUUUCUCAAUGCUUUCCUAUGGACGUCAGCGUCUUCUCACUGUGAUUUUUUUUCACCGUGAGAAUCGCGGAAGCGGCUGGAUUAACCUUCAGUGGUGUGUUCAGCUGCAGGGUUAACACUAGAGGGACCUGGCACCCAGACCACUUAAUUGGGCUGAAGUGGUCUGGGUGCCUAUAGUGGUCCUUUAACCCCUUAAGGACAGAGCUUCAAAAGCUUGUCUUUCACUUAAUGACAACAGCAUUUUUUGCUGUUUACGUUCAACUGCAAUUUGCAUUUUACUAAUUUAUUGCACCGACACACAUUAUAUACCGUUUUUUUAAAGGACAGAAAGGGCUUUAAUGUGAUGUAAUAUGUAAUUAAUAUAUAUAUAUAUAUAUAUAUAUAUUUUAUUUUUUAUUUAUUUAAAAAAAAUUGGGUUUUUUGCAAUAAUAAUGUGUGCACAAUUAGUGCAGGUUAAGGAAAGUAAUUAAAAAUAAAUUUAUUUAGUUGUUCUGAUUUACAGAAUAUAUAAUGUGCCUGGGAUUUUAAGUUUGGUUUUUUUUUUUGUUUUUUUUUUUUGUUAGUUACAGGUCACAAAGCACAAGGAGUAAAAUAAACUUUUAAUGUGGAGCGAUUUUUAGAAUUUGGUAUGUUUGUCUUGUAAGCUUAAUAGCCAUAAAAGAAAACAAAAUUGCCACACAAAAGUAUAUAUUUAUAUAAAGCAGACAUCACGGGCUAUUUACCUAAGGUUGUUUUGACACUUUCUACGUAGCCAUUUCACCGCCAACCUCUGCUAAAUAUUGGAGUAAAAUUGUUUGGGGGUUUUUGGCACACAAACUUAUAACAAAUAAAUUCUCAUGUGUAUUUUGUAAAGUUGGUGUGUGCUAUUCCUGUACAAAGUUUUAUUAUGUGUUCAGUUACAUCGGCUGAGUAAAAUGACACCCCCAUUGUAUGUUUUUGGCACUAUUUCGUGAAGUUACAGUGCCAUACAGGAUACCUGUCCUUUUCCGUAUUCACAGUAGAAUUUUGAGAGACGGAUUUAAUGAGCCUAUGCUUCCAUUUGCGGUAUUGUAGUAGUUUGUUCAAAAAAAACCCACAAAGGCCUACCAUUUGUAAAAGUAGACACUCCAGGGUAUCUCAUAAGGUGCAUAUUGUGCCUUAACAUGCCCCCAUUUUUUCACCAAUAUAUGCCAAAGUAUGUGGUAAAAAAUAAUUUUGUGCAUUUUUUACAUAUGGAUUGCAUUUUUGCUGGGCAUUUUGUAUAUUUCAUAUGUGCCACUAAGUUCAAACCUCCCAAAUUAUGCUCAGCUAAGUCUUCUGAGUAAAAAGACACACCCAAUGAAUGUCUUUGGCACUAUUUCGUGAAGCUACAGUGCCAUAUAGGAGACCAAGCCAUAUCAGUUUUUACCGAACUUUGAAUUUUGACGCUGGGCCUAUGUGCAAUUUCCAAGCAUCUUUGCAGGUUUUAAAUUCAAACUACCCCACAAAGGCCUACCAUUUCUUAAAGUAGACACCCCAGGGUAUUUCAAAAGGUAUAUUUUGAACCUUAGCGUGGGAUCAUUUUUCCGCUAGCUUGUACCAGGUGUAGUGGUAAUAAGUGUUUUUUCUGCCUUUUUGACACACAAAGUGAGUUUGCACAGUAUAUUUUGCAAACCUUAUGUGUGCUACGACUGUAUAAUACUUCAUAUGUUGCUCAGCUAUGUGGUCUGAGUACAGCAAUACCCCCGUAUGUACCUUUGCCAAGUAUAUGGGGAUGUUGAAGGAGCACAUUUGAGAAGAACCAUUCAGUUUUACGCUGUGUCCAUGUUCCAAUUUGGAGUAGUUUAGAUGGUUGGUUAUUGAAACUUCCCCAUACACACAUACUAUUUAUUAAAGAGUACACCCUGUGGUAAUUCAAAAGGCAUAUUUAGAACCUUGGCGUGGGAUCAUUUUUUCUCUAGUUUGUUCCAGGUGUAGUGGUAAUGAGCGUUUUUAAAUGUAUUUUUUUUAACUUUUUUAAACUUUUUUUACUUUUUAAAACUAGUUUUUAAACUUUUGUUUUGCUUAUUAUUUUUUUUAAACUUUCCUAAAACUUUUUUUUACAGCUUUAACAUUUUUCUAAGCUUUUUUUUACCGUUAACCCCUAACUAGCAGUAAGCAGCACUAACAGUAAAUUCCGCCCUUUCCAAUAACUCCCACCCACCCCAGCUAGCAAAAUAUAUAAUUAUAAAAUAUUUAAAUCAGUUAAUUAAAUAAAUUGAACCCCUGAGGGUUAAAAAAUAAAUAAAAGUUAAUUGUCAGGGGUUGAAAAAAAUUAGAUCACAGUAUAAUACUGUGAUCUGUAUUUUGAUCACUGUAGGCAGUGAUCGACUGGCAGGGAAGGGGUUAAUUUUUAUUUGGACUGGCUAAAGGGGUUUUUUUUUUACUUAAACGUUAUUAAAACUUUUUAAACUUAAUUUUUAACUUUUUAAAGCUUAUUUUAAAACUUUUUUUAACGUUAACCCCUAGUUAGCCUAACACCAAAUCCCCCAAUUCCCCACUAACUUCCACCCACCCCAGCUAGCUAAAUUUAUAAUUUUAAAAUACUUAAAUUAAUUAAUAAAAUAAAUUUAACCCCUGAGGGUUAAAAAAAAGAAUUAACCCUCAGGGGUUAAAAAAAAAAAAAUCAUAUCAUCGUAAAAUGUAAUCCCUGCCAAUUGAUCACUGUAGUCAGUGAUCAAUUGGCAGGGAAGGGGUUAAUUUUUUUAUUAAAAUGGGUAAAGGGGGGUGGGAUUUUAAAUUAACUUUAUUUUUAAUUUUUUUAACAGGGGGCAGGAUCAUCACUGAUCCGUCUCCCUGCACUUCACACAGAACCAGGAAGUGCAGGGAGGCGGAAGGUAAGUAUACUAAGCACAUGUUCUCGCUCUGACAUUCUGUCAGAGCGAGCACAUGUGCUGGGCAGCACUAUUGGAUGCUCCCGGUCUGCCUCUAAUACAGAGGCAUACCGGAGCACCAUUAACCCUGCGAUAGCUGCGAUCCGGGGUUAAUUUUAACUCUUCGUUAAGGGAUUCCCCUGAGUGACAGACCUCGUCCGUCACUCGUCAUUAAGGGGUUAACCUUUCCUGGUAAUUUUUUUUUUUUUUUUUUUAAAUCUGCAAUCCAUGAUUUAGUUUAGUAGCCCUUCUCUGAACUCUCUCCAAAACAUGAAUAUCCUAUUAGAUAUAUGGUCUCCAGUACUGAAGAGGCUAACCUCAGGCACCCAGACCAUGUGUGUGCAAUGUCUCGAUUGCAAUUUAGUUAACCUUUUUCUAUUUUAUUAUUAUUAUUAUUAUUAUUAUUGAAAAUUUAAAAGCUACCGUUGAGGAACAAGAUAGACAAUACUGACAUAUUUAUGUUUUUUUCAGAGAAUGUAUGAUUGUACUUUCUUAGAUAGCUCAGCUGCUGCUAAUGUGAACAAUAUGAUUUUUUUUUUUGAUUUUUUUUUUUUUAUAUAAACUAAAGAGACCAUGAGUAAACUUGGGUGCAAGCUUAAAGGUGCACUACAGUGUCAGGAAUAAAUGUUUAUAUUCCUGACCCUAUAGUUCUUGUGCAUCGGUCUUGCAGUGUGUGGCUCUGCCUCUCUGAGAUCAACCGAUUUGAUGAUCUUAGUCAAUCCAUGUUUUCCCAUAGGAAAGUAUUGGGAGGCUAUUGAGCAUGCGCAUUAUAACGAUAUGCUGUGCCAAUUAGCAUCUCCUCAUUGAAUACGUGCAUCUGUAUAGGAAACCUUCAGUGUCUCCAUACAGGUUGUGGAGACUCUGAAUGCCAAUGCUGAACUGACACAGGAAGCACCUCUAGUGGGUGUCUGCCAUUUCAGGUGAUCACAGGCACCAAUGUAAACUCUGUCUUUUCUCUGAAAAGCCUGCAGGGAGGGAUUAUUAACCUGUAGUUGUUCUGGUGUCUGUAUUGUCCCUUUAAUCAUUGCAUUACACCUUUUGUUAUGUUGAGCCUCAUGAAGGUAAUGGAAAUGUAAUUCAUUUUGGGACAUCUUUUGAUCUCCGGUUUUGUUAUUUACUUUUUAAAUAUUUAAACCUUUUAUUAUUUUGCCUAACUUAUAAAAGUUGAGUGCAUCAGUAAACACAUUGGGCACCAUGUUACAAAUGCACAGAAUUCCUUUCAAAACCUUUUAUGAAGGCUCUAAUCCUAUCACCUGUGCCCAAGGGAUCAUCUUGUUUCGUAUUGCAUAAAUAUUUACUUGUGGAUUGCCGGUAUUCAAACUACUUGUAUAUUUUGUAGAUAAUGGUUGGUAUAAUGACUGCCAUACUCAGACAAUUUCUAAUGUCAGACAAUUGCCAUGGAAAUAUUGUAGCACUUUGUCUAUUUGGGCAGUAAAGUGGAUUUUGUUUUAAUUAGUACAGUAUAUACUCGAGUAUAAGUCUAGUUUUUCAGCACAUUUUUUGUGCUUAAAAACCCCCACUCGACUUAUACUCGAGUCACUGUCUGUAUUAUGGCAAUUUAGAGAGCCGCGGCCGUCAGAGCCAUGGCAACGAUCCGCGCGGCAACCAGACCGCGAGACUUACAGUGGAGCUGACCGGAACGGAGGAGAAGGGAGCUGACAGGAGCUGCAGGAAAGGUAAGUAAAGCCCAUGCCACUGGACCACCAGGGAUUAAGAUAGCCCCCCUCCCUGACCGUUUAACAAGCAGGGAGGGGGACAAAAAAAAUUUAAAAUAAUUAAAAUUAAAAUAAAAAAAUUAAAAUAAUAAAAAUGCCCUCCCCCACCCAGUUCACACACACUACACACACACACUCUUCAUUAUAUACACACUCUGCAUUAUAUACACAGAGUGUGUGUAUAUAAUACAGUAUGAGUGUGUAUAUAUAAUGUAUGAGUGUGUGUGUAUAUAAUGCAGAGUGUGUGUUUGUAUGAGUGUGUGUAUAUAUAAUGCAGAGUGUGUGUUUGUAUGAGUGUGUGUGUAUAUAAUUAUAAAAAUCACAGAAUUUCAUAGCCCCAAGUUUUACCCUCGACUUAUCCACGAGGCAUAGCAUAUUUCACAAUUGUUGGUCACAAAACUGCACUCGACUUAUACAUGAGAUCGACUUAUACACGAGUAUAUACGGUAUAUUGCAUUUCUGCCUGGUUUUCAUUGAAUUAUGUUUUUGAAACAUUUUAUUUUCGCUUAUAUUUUAAGGCUGCAGAUACUCUUGCUGUGAGACAGAAAAGAAGAAUAUAUGAUAUUACCAAUGUUCUGGAAGGCAUUGGCCUAAUAGAGAAAAAAUCAAAGAACAGCAUUCAGUGGAAGUAAGAACAAUUUAACUUUCGUGUGUGUGUGUACCCUCCCUCCCACUCCUCAAUGUCAUGGUGGUGCAUUCUUACUCAAUAAUGCAAGCUCUAUGGCCAUUACUUUAGUUUUUCUCAUUAGAGAAAACAAACGCAGACUGAUAUAUGACCAUGUCAGCACAAUGUAUUUGGAAUUUAUCAAAGCCUUCCUGGUAAAGAAGCUGAUAGACAGGUUAUUGUAAAGUAAGACAUAGCUAAUGUUUUCUAUAUUAAAUGGUUAUGGUGUACACAUCAUGCUCUUGUAGUAUCACUGCUCAGUUAUCUGCCAUUUAGGAUUCAAAUUAUGUUGUUUAUGCAGCCCUAGCCACACUUCCCCUGGCAGAAACUCAUGCAGCCUCCCCACACUCUUCAUGUAAAGACAGUUUAUAUGUUGUAGCUUUCUUUAUAGUCAAAGUAGAUAAGGCUGGUUUCUUAUGUAUAUGUAGGCAUCUUGCAUUUUUCCUAUUAUAAACCGCAACAUCACUUAUUGCUUAAUGAAGAAUUGAACAGUGAGGCUAUAUAAACAUGAUCUAUACACCAAAACACCCCAUUAAGUUAAAGUUGUUUAUGUGCUCAGUGUCCUCUUAAUCAUGUUCACUUUAAUGACAUUAGACCGUGUCAUUUUGUCCUGGCAAUAUUUGGCCUAAACGCCGUUUGGGCCUAUUGACACGUCCCAAUGAGUUAGUGUGAGUAGGGUUAAAUCAAAGCUCACACCGGGGGAGACACAGGUGUCAAUUGAUACAUGUGGCUCCCCUGAAAGUCAGCUCUGCAUACAGCCCUUAACCACUUAAGGACACAUGACAUGUGUGACAUGUCAUGAUUCCCUUUUAUUCCAGAAGUGUGGUCCUUAAGGGGUUAAAAUCCUUUGAGAACACAGUAGCUGUUCGCUGCGAUGCAGUAUUACUAGGGCUGCUAAAAGUAGAGGCUCUGAACAGACCUUGACAGUCUCCCUCUGUGUCCCUAAGAAAGUUGUGAUCACUUGGUAAUCAUCUAGGAAAGCAUGUUUAAUUCAGUAAUACAUGAAAAUAUUUCUGUAGUACUGGAAAAAGAAAGUAAAUGCCAGCAACAUACCACUAUAUACUGUUUUAAAUAGAUAAACCCCUCUACUGAUAACUAUAUUGAUAUCAGCAGAGGGUUUCCUUAGGGUUAUUUUUGUAGGUUAGUGUAGGGCUUGUGUUAGGGGGUAAGAGUUUAUGAUGGGGUUAGGGAUAAUGUAGGGUACGUGUAUGGCUAGUGUUAGUGUAAUCAUAAGGUAAAAAGGGUAUGAUUGGUUUAGUAUAGGGCAGGGAUAGGCAACCUUCGGCACCUCAGAUGUUAUGGAUUACAUCUCCCAUGAUCCUCUUCUAGCUAUACUGCCGAGAAAUCAUCAUGGGACAUGUAGUCCACAACAUCUGGAGUACCGAAGGUUGCCUAUCCCUGGUAUAGGGUUAGCAUUGACUACUAAAAAUGUAUUUAGAUUCUUGACGUAUUACGCAUUUAACAAUCAAAACUGAUAUGCGAAUCUACUAUGAGUUAUUUUUAUUAAGUGGCACUGAAUGUGUAAAAAAAAAAAUAAUAAUUAUAAGUAAAAAUAUAAAAUAAAAGCAUUUGUGUACAGUUUUCAACAUUUUAUUCACACUUAACCCCUUAAGGACGGAGCCAAAAGUACAUGUUGUGAACAAAACAAAAUGUAAACAAAACCUGGCAUUUGCGCUACAUGUCUGUCCAACCGUAAUUCACCUCUUUCAUAGUAAAUGCACCCACCCUUAUUAUAUAUCAUUUUAUUCAGGGGAAACAGGGCUUUCAUUUAAUAUCAAAUAUUUAGCUAUGAAACAUAAUUUAAUAUGAAAAUAAUGGGAGAAAAUACGAUUUUAUUUUUUUUAGUUCUACAUGACAUUUUAACGGUCAAUGUCAUAAUACUGUUUGCUUUUACUGCAAUAAAAUACACAUAUUUGUAUUCAGCAAAGUGUCACGUGUAAGACAGUACCCCCUAUGUACAGGUUUUAUGGCGUUUUGGGAAGUUACAGGGUCAAAUAUAGCACGUUACAUUUGAAAUUGAAAUUCGCCAGAUUGGUUACGUUGCCUUUGGGACUGUAUAGUAGUCCAGGAAUGAAAUUUACACCCAUAAUGGCAUAUCAUUUGCAAUAGUAGACAAUCCAAGGUAUUGCAAAUGGGGUAUGUCCAGUCUUUUUUAGUAGCCAUUUGGUCACAAACACUGGCCAAAGUUAGCGUUAGUAUUUGUUUGUGUGUGAAAAAUGCAAAAAACACCAAUUUUGGCCAGUGUUUGUGACUAAGUGGCUACUAAAAAAAGACUGGACAUACCAGUUUGCAAUACCUUGGGUUGUCUACUAUUGCAAAUGGUAUGCCAUCAUAGGGGUAAUUUUCAUUCCUGGGCUACCAUAUGGUCUCAAAGGCAACCUAACCAAUCUGGCGAAUUUUAAUGUGAAAAAAAUGAAACGCAAGCCUUAUAUUUGACGCUGUAACUUUUGAAAACACCAUAAAACCUGUACACUGUUGUACUCGGGAGACUUCGCUGAACACAAAUAUUUGUUUUUCAAAACAGUAAAAAGUAUUGUUUCCGUGUAAGUGCUGUUUGUGCGUGAAAAAUGCAAAAAAGGUCACUUUUUUACUGGCGAUAUCAUCGUUGUAAUACAUUUUACUGUUUUGAAACACUAAUAUUUGUGUUCAGCGAAGUCUCCCGAGUAGAACAGUACCCCCCAUGUACAGGUUUAUGGUGUCUCGGAAAGUUAUAGGGUUAAAUAUAGUGCUAGCAAAUUAAAUUCCCUUUACUUUCGGCAUGGGUUGUCAGGCAGGUCCUGCUAAUUGUAAUUAAUUAAGAUACCUAAUUAUGUAAAAAAUAUUACAUAAAUAUAUAAUGUGAAUUAAUAUGUGUGUGUGUAUGUAUAUAUGUGUGUGUAUAUAUAUAUAUAUAUAUAUAUAUAUAUAUAUAUAUAUAUAUAUAUAUAUAUAUAUAUUAUAUCUAUAUAAUUUUUUUAAAAUAUUUUUAUUUAUGUAUAUAGAUAUAUAUUUCGUUCUACGUGUAUUUUGAGAUAUAUAUAUUAAUUUCACAAUCCAGUUAGAACGAAAUAACACACAUCUAUAUAUUUUUUAAUUAUUUAUUUUUAAUAAUUUUUUUUAAUUUUAUUUAACAUAUUUACAUAUUUUUUUAUAUUAUAUAUAACAAUAAUUAUAUAUUUAAUCCGUAUCAGUCUACGUGUAUUUUGAUAUAUAAAAUUUUUACACUUUUUAAUUUAUUUAAUUUUAUUUCCAGCCAGCAGGGGGACCACCUGUCAUUACAGGCAGUCCCCCUGCUGGCAAUGCUGCAGCCAGCUACCCCCGGCCCUGUGAUUGUGGGGUCCUCGCAAGGACCCCACUCUCACAUGGCCGGGGGGCUUCCAGGGGGUGGGACGUGCCGCGGGGGGCUCCCUGGGAGUCCCCCCAACCGCGAUCGCCGGCGUGGGAUCGCCGGCGACCGAGUAAGUAGGAAAAGACCGGAGGGCGUACUAUUACGCCCGGCGGUGUUUAGAGCCGCUUAGAAUAGGGCGUAAUAGUACGCCCUCCGGUCUUAAGGGGUUAAGGUUCUGUUUGGUGUGUGUGUGUGUGUAUGUAUGUAUGUAUGUAUAUGUGUGUGUAUGUGUAUGUAUAUAUGUGUAUAUAUAUAUAUAUAUAUAUAUAUAAUAUACACACACAUACUUAUAUUAAUUAAAAGAAAUAGUAUGUGUAGGGACACUUGAGGAGGAUCCCUUAAAGCAGGGGUUCCCAAUUAAUUUUUCCCGUGGAACCCUUUGACAUAGUGUAUCAACAUCGUGCCCAAAAAAAAUAAAAAAUGUGUGCCUCUUUUGUAUGUAUCGGGGGGGGGGGGACACACAUACAUACAUACACACACACACACACACACUCUCAGAUGCACACAGUGGCACAUACAGACAUCUUGACUCAAAAAUACACUCCCAAACACACAGUGACAUAUACACAUGCUUGCACCCUUAGACACACACAUUCACACACACGCAUGCACAUACAAACACACUGAUAUACACUGGCACAUAUAUACACACGCGUACUGACAUACACACACUUCGAUACAGUGACACAUACUCUUUGACAGACAGACACAUAUUCUGACAAACGCAAGCACACACUCACUGACAAUCACUCACACAAUUUUUUUUAAUUUUUUUUUUAUUCUACUGCACCCAGCCUCCCUACCAGCUGGCGUGCAGUCCCUGAGGUCCAGAUGGGCUGAGAGGCUGGCGUGCAGUCAUUGGGGUCCAGCGGGGCUGGCGUGCAGGCGUACAGUGUGGGCAGCGAGGGAGCAGUGAUCUUCCUGCUCAGCUCCCUUGCACGCUUCUUAGUGAUGCCGGAGCCAGAGUGACAUCAUAUUCCGGCUCCUGCAUCACUGCUGUGCGCACGAGGGAGCUGAGCCGGCUCACUCGCUGCCCGCGGCUAUUUUGUUUCACCUGAGGUUCCGCGGAACACUAAUUGGGGAAAUGCUGCCUUAAAAUACAGUGGAACAAACACAGCGCAAAUUCAAGGUUUUGUUUUGAUGCAGAACAAUUACCUCCAUCCUUAAGAGGUUCUGUGUUACUUUGUGUUAUCUUUGUAUGUGAUCUGAUAAAGGUUUGUGUGCUUUUUUUUUUUUUUUUUUUUUUUUUUUUUUUUUUUUUUUUUUUUUUUUUUAAUGUUUGUUUAGAGGUGUAGGUGCAGGAUGCAACACAAAAGAAGUAUUGGACACACUGAAAAAUCUAAAAGCUGAAAUUGGAAAUCUGGAACUAAAGGAAAAAGAACUUGACAGUCAGAAAGUGUGGAUUCAACAAAGCAUUAAAAAUAUAAUUGAUGAUCCCUUGAAUAAACCAUAUCCUUUAACUGUUUACUUACUAAUAUUUGAACAUGAUUUUUCAUGGUUCCCAAAUGUUUGGUUGUUAUAUAUUUUCUGUUAAACACAUUUUAAUUAAAACAUUUUUACCAUUUCAACCGCUCAAGUGUUUUAUGAAAAGCCAAACCAUUUUAUUGUGUGGAUUCCUGGCACUAUAGGUUUAAAAUAGCAGUUUAGGGUGCCUUUACCUCCAUUAAAAUGGGGUUUGCUCCCCUUUUUUCCAGUGCCACGCAUUUCUCCUCACAGCUGGCCCUGCACCGGCUCCAUCUCCUUGGCUGAUAUCAUCAAAAUUUAUCAUUUUACCUAAUCCAAUGCUUUCCUAUGGGGAUACUAUUGCACAUGGGUUGCAAAACACUGCGCUGAAUUGGUCUACAUCUCCUCAUAGAGAUGCAUUGAACCAAUGCAUCUCUGAGGAGAGUUCAGAGUAUCCAUGCAGAGCGUAGACAAGCUGCACGUUAGUGCUGCACAUUGUACAGCACUGACCCAGAAAGCACCUCUAGUGGCAGUCUGAGUGACUGCCACUAGAGGUGUAACUUGGCAGUAAUGUAAACACUGCCUUUUCUCUGAAAAGCUGUAGUUGUUCUGAAGACUCUAAUGUUCCUUUUAAUCUGAACUAUUUCAGAUUAGGUGGCAAUGGGAAGUUCAAGAACUAAAGUUGGGUAGGAGGCCAUUGUAUUAUUAUUUGCUACUGCAAUACAGCUAUAAAAAAAAAAACAAGCUAUCAGAACUACUCUAAGCUAGAUGUUUUAUAGAAUGCUGUGGCUUAUCCCUGUGUUCACCUGGGGUGUAAUACUAUUACAACGCUGUGGGCAAAGCUGCUUAUGACUUGUCACUUUUUUUAUGUAGCAUGAAAAAAAAUCUUCCUUAACCUCACCCUACAUUUUCAUUUGUAACACAUGAUGAUGUCUGUAAUGGAUUCAAUGGUAAGCAUACUUGAACAGGAUUGAAUUUUGAGUUGAAUGUUACUGUAUUUUGUCAUUUGUGUUGGUUAUGUGAUGUCACCUUAUCUUAAGUGUGAUUUAUCAGGGUUAUUUACUAAUACACUGCAUACAGUAAUUUAUUGAUGGUAGUUGCCAGAGCUCUGAUAAAUAUAAUGCCCCAACCAAUGGGGUACCCAAUUUAGGGUCCUGACCCAGGGUCUAAAAAAUACAGUAUUAGAUGUUGCUGCUCCAGUGCCGUCAAUCCUGAAGGCCCCUUUGUGUUAUGCAAUUGUCUACUCUCUGGUCCUACCUCCUCUGUACAGCAUUUAAAGAUCUUUAGAUUAAAGUCUAAAUUUGCUACCACGAUGUAUAGUUAAACUUUAAGGCACUUGAAAAGAAAAGUAUUUUCUAAGUGAGGUCAUCUAGACUGAUGAUUUCUGGUCGAAUCGAAUGUUUUACAUAGCAUUGAAAACCUAUGGCACAUACAAAAAAUAUCUGCAUCCCCCAAUCGAGUUCUUCUUUUUGAGACACAUUUAGUCUCAGUGGCUCUCUGAGAAGCAUUACUGCUGUUUGGCAUAUGAAUGGUGCUGUUCUUAAAUCAGAAUGUUUCCUAUUCCCAGAGAAAAGGAUAGCAUAUUUUUACUAAAAUCAUUACAUAAAGAUGUAGUGUGUGGUUCUUUGGUUUUUUUUUUUCUUAAAAUGUUGAUUUAAAGGAGGCGCAGUGAUGUGUUGGCUUUUAUUACUUUUUGCUUUUAGACAAUUUCUGAUAGAAAUCUAGAAUAUGAUCGAUCAAAAAUGUUAACACUGUAGAGAAUAUUAAAACCUAUUUUUUACCCUAAGAAGUGUCAGAAAAUAUAGUUAGAAAAUAUAUAUAUAAUUUGAAUUAUUUUAUUCAAAUAUUAGAGGCUGUGAGGUAGAGGCCUCUCUGACUCCUUGUUUUUUUUACCCUAAGAAGUGUCAGAAAAUAUAUAUAUAUAUAUAUAUAUAUAUAUGUGUGUGUGUGUGUGUGUAUAUAUAUAUAUAUAUAUAUAUAUAUAUAUAUAUGUAUAUGUAUACUAUAUUUUCUGACACUUCUUAGGGUAAAAAAUUGGUUUUAAUAUUCUCUACAGUGUUAAAAUAUAUAUAUAUAUAUAUAUAUAUAUAUAUAUAUAUAUAUAUAUAUAUAUAUAUAUAUAUAUAUAUAUAUAUAUAUAUAUAUAUAUAUAUACAUGCGUGUAGGUGAGUCUUGGCUGGUGUGUUUCUUGUUUAUAUUUACUAAUGUAUGAGUAUGGAAAGUUAAUAAACAUUUUUCCCUAGGUGACACAUUAUUGGCAGUUCAGGCUCCAUCAGGAACACAACUGGAGGUUCCUAUACCAGAAGUGGUAUGUGUUCUCUUUUUAUUGUCUAAAUUGCUUCUACCAAAUAACUAUUUCCUGCAGUCCUAGUAAAAAAAAAAAAAACUUGAGAUUCUUGAAAAUAUCCCCAUUUGCUUUCUUAUACAUUGGUCUUUCUCCAAUUAAUAAUUCCCAUUAAUAAUGAACAUCUAUAAGGCGUAAGAAUACAAAAUCUUUAAUUAUGUCCAGCCCUAAAUAUUAACAUAUAAUGCUAAUUGCUAGCUCUUCCUGAAACCAAUAUGCCUCUAAAAACUGUUAGCUGUUUUGUGGGGGUGGGCUGGGGGGUUCACUUUAUUAACAUAACUCUUAGAGAUUGUCCUUCCUGCUAGCAUGUUUUGUUUUGUUUGUUUUAUUAUUCUAGUAACUGGACUAUGGAAAGCAUUUUUCCAGAGAGAAAUGCAGUUUAUAAAGUAUAUUUAUUCCCUUUAUAAACUUUUUAAAGUCUUAAAGGAACACAAUAGGCAUUGAAGAGAACAGCUCAUUGAAGUGGUCUGGGUAAAUUGUCCCAGUCUCUUAACCCAGCAAUGGCAAUUAUUGCAGUUUUUAAUUUAGCUGACAGCCACUAGAGGGACUUUUGGGUCGUUAGGCGACUAUUGUUCGCCUAACUGACGCUGGAAGGCCUCAAGCUAUACAUGAGGACAUCCAGAGUCACCUGAAUCCCGUUAGGAAAGCAUUAUAUAAUGCUUUCCUAUGGGGAAUUCCUAAUGUGAGUGCGGGGGAGAAGCGGAGAUGUAAACCGAGUCGAGGGACAUCUGCGCUAGACUGAGGUAAGUGACCUUCUGCACCAUGGGGUGGGAGGGGGUGCUAUAUAGAGCUAUAAUGCCAGGAAAACAACUUUGUUUUCUUGGCACUAUAGUUUCCCUUCAAGACCUGUCUGGGUGAGCUAACCAGUAUUCAUUGGGACUGAAUACCUCCACCAACUGCAUCGAGUGUUAGAAUUAUUUUAUUCAAAUAUUAGAGGCUGUGAGGUAGAGGCCUCUCUACUCCUUGGUUUAAGCUGUCAACAUAUACAAUCUGUGAAGCCAUUACAGUUUUUAUGUGCCUGAAGAUAUUUCUCUUUUCUUUAAAAUAUAGAAAGUCUUGAUUUAAAUCAUGAUUUAUUACUUUUAACAGACUCAUUUCUGCUGGUUGUUAUAACCUUUCUUAGCAACUAUAUGAAGAUUUCAUGUUUAGAAUAUUAACUUUUCAGAUUAGUUUAACAGUUGUCAGAACUGAUUUUGUUUAUAUUGUUAGAAAUACAAAGAUAAUGAUGAAAUUACUACAAGGUGAACUGUCUCCAGUUCAGUAGGUCCAUUCAUCAUGCAGUUUUGGAGAACAACUUAAAUUAAAAGUGAUCCUUGUGUGUACAUAGAUAUGCAGGAUAAAAAUGGGAUGAAAGAAACACGUUGGACAAUUAAAGUUUUCAGGAGUCUGUCAUUUUUGUGACCGUUUAAAAAAAGUGCAGAUUUUAACAGAAAUUUGUACUUUUAUAAUUGUGGGCAGAAGCACCUCCUUGGCUGUCAUUCAGACAGGUAAGAAGCUCCCCCUUCUUUUAGCUCCACUGUGCUAGUUUGGCUGCCUCUCCACCCCCACCCUCCCCUUCUCAAUGAGUUGUAGUACAAUAGAAUGUCUCAAUCACUAUAACAAAGUUUUCAGUGGAGUGUUCCUUUUUUAAGAUUUUUUUUUUUAAACUGAUCUUUGUAUAUUUUAGUUUGAUUGGGAUUUUCUCCUGUGAAAAAGUGCAUGUACACACGAGUUCAAUUAACUGUAAAUGUAAAUAUUGCAUUAACAUACAGCCUCUUGCUACAUAACUAACCCAUAUUUCGUACUGAAUAACCUUUGGACUGUAUCUUUAGGUAGAUCUUUUUCCGCAAAAAUAAUUUUAUUUAAAUAAAUCCACUUUAAAUAAAAAUCUUGAAUAUAUUUUAUAUACGUUUUUCUAAAGGCAACCUACAAAGGUCUACAGUUUUGUCAUGGUAGAAGGGUCCACCAUGGCAUUAAAUUACAUCUAUGGUUGGUCUGUCAUCUGCCCCUGUUUUUAAACCUAACUUUUUAAGUACAGUUAACUGUUGAUGUAGAUCCCUAAAAAUUUUUCUCUUUUUCACCCACACUUCUUUACAGGGCAAAAACGGACAAAAAAAAUACCAGAUCAGUUUAAAAAGUGACUCUGGGCCUAUUAAGGUACUGUUAAUUAAUAAAGAAUCCAGUUCUACCAAGCCUCUAGCUUUCCCUGUUCCUCCACCUGAUGAUGUUACCAAACGGCAUUUGGCAUCCACUGUAAAUCAAGCGACACUAACACAGAAUCCAUACAGACAGACAAAUACAGUCCAAAACAGCAAUUCUUCACACAAUCCAUUUGGACACACAAAUGCAGUUCAAGAUGGCAAUCCCUCACAGAAUCUGUAUGGAGAGACAAAUUUAGUUCAAGAUUGCAAUCCAGCCCAGAAUACGUAUGGACAGACAAACCUGGUCCCAGAUGGUAAUCCAGCCCAGAAUACGUAUGGACAGACAAACAUGGUUCAAGAUGGCAAUCCAGCACAGAAUACGUAUGGACAGACAAACAUGGUUCAAGAUGGCAAUCCAGCCCAGAAUACGUAUGGACAGACAAACAUGGUUCAAGAUGGCAAUCCAGCACAGAAUACUUAUGGACAGACAAACAUGGUUCAAGAUUGCAAUCCAACGCAGCAUACGUAUGGACAAACAAACCUAGUCCAAGAUGGCAAUCCAGCCCAGAAUACGUAUGGACAGACAAACCUGGUUCAAGAUGGCAAUCCAGUACAGAAUACAUAUGGACAGACAAAUGUAGCUCAAAAUGACAAUCUCGCACCGUAUGGACAGACAAAUGUGAAUCAAAAUAGCAACCCAGCUCAAGAUUCUACUGCAAGUGAGUAAUAAUUAUAAAUUGACCCUGAUAAUUGUAACUGCUUAGAAAGUAUGUGUUAAAAAUUAAAUUAAAAAAAACAAAACCUGAUACAAAAUAUGUAAACUUUGAAAAGGCAUCAUAAGAACAGUGUUGGAUUUACAAAGUAGUCAGGCAAGUUAUUUUAUUUAUUUUUUGCCAAAAGAUUUUUAUUUAAGGUAUUUAAUGUUGGAUAAUGAGGGUGGAAAAACUGAAUGGCAGCACUGCCCCAAGAAGCACCUCUAGAAGCCAUCUGAGGAGUGGCCAGUGGAGUUAUCACUAGGCUGUAAUGUAAACGCUGUAUUUUCUCAAAAAAAAAAGCCUGAAUGGAAUUAUUAUACUUACCAGAACAAAUACAAUAAGCUGUAGUUGUUCUGGUAACUAUAUCUAUAACUAUAUGUAUCUUUAAUGUUUCUGUCGAGGCCAACACUAGGCUUACCCUUUGUGUCAUUCAGUCUUUUUAUUUUUUAGCAGUGGGUUUUAAAAAUAAGUACUUUACCAUGAUAUCUAUGGGGAAGUAUCUAUCUAUAAUCUUCAUCUUAGUGUAGUUCAGGACUCACAUAAGACUGAAUAUCUAGGUCCCAUAUGCCACCACCAGUCUAAUCUGCUUAUAUUCUUUAUAUAUAUUUUUUUUUCUUUGUAGAUUGCAGUUUACAAGUGAAUACAACAGCAAGCUGUUACUCCCAAUUUCCUGAAUCCAUUUUAUAUAACGAUCUUGCUACACAUUCAACACACAGUGCAGCUGGCACCAAUGAUUAUACGCCUUUGCUUCCUCAGGAUGACAGUGGUAGUGGUACCAGAAAGCCACACUUGUUUGAUGUAACGAAAAUGGAUGAAUCCGAUGGUAAUUAAUGUCUUUCCGUCUCUUUAUAUUGGUUCUAAAGCAGUGCUUCUCAGACGAGUACCUUGGUAUUGCCUUAUUGUGUUGAAAUAAGUCCAAGGACUAAGACCCAAAACAACUUUAGCUUAUUGCAGUAGGUUUAGUGUACAGAUCAGUCUUACUGUUAAAUUAUCUGCUAUUUAUACAUCACUGUUUCUGUUUAUGCAGCUCUAGCCCCACCUUAACUGGUUGUGACUUGGCCUACAUGUAAAAAUUGUCUCAUUUUUAACCAGAUGUGAAUGAACAGUGUGUUUACUUUAGAAGUUAUUAUCUCUUGCUCUGUUAAUAAAGCUUUAAUCACACACAGUUAAUAGUCCUGAAGUGGCUGUUAAGGCGACUGUCACCCUCUCUUUCCAGUAAAACAAAGUGAUUUCUCCCUUUUCUCCUACGCCUGUGGCUGGCUCUGUCUCCUUGGCUCUCCAUAGAAAAGCAUUGGAAGGCUAUUGCGCAUGUGCUGCAGAACGCAGUGCUGUGCCAAUCAGCAUCUUCUCAUAGAGGUGCAUUGAAUCAGGUGAAUCUCUAUGUGGAACAUUCAAAGUCUCCAUGCAGAGCGUGGAGAUGCAGAAUGCCAGUGCUAGGAAGCACCACUAGAAGUUGCCUGAGUGACUGCUACUGGAGGUGUUACUAGCCAGCAAUGUAAACAUUGCCAUUACGCUGUAGUGGUACUGGCGACUAUUGUGUCCCUUUAAGAAACCAGGAGAUGAGAAAUUCUAAAUUAAGGAGACUACUAUAAAGAGGUGUAAAUAUUUGAUCUCUUUACAGGAAAUGUGUAUAGACACUGUGUAGGUCACAUGCAGGAUAGGUGUGACUAGGGUUCAUAAACAAAGUGAUUAAACUCCUAAAUGGCAGAUAGAUGAGCAGUGAGAUUGCAGGGGCAUGAGCUAUACACCAAAGCCACCUUAAGCUAAAGCUUUAUAGUAUCUCUUUAAUAAAUCCUGGACUAUUGGUGAUCCCUUGGGGCUGAUUUAAUCCUUUCCCAACCAAGGGCAUGCUAUUCUGUUCUACAAAAUGAGGGCUGGAUACUCAACAAUUCUGUCAAUCAUGAUCGGGAGGGCAUCACAGCAUACAAAUAUGUUUUUUUAUUACAGUAAAAGCUAAGGAUAUUAUGACAUUCACAGUUUAAAGUGCCAUGAAGAAUUUCACAACUUUUUUUUAUUUUAUUCAUAUGAAAUUAAGCUUCAUAUAUAAAUAUUUGAUGUGAAAAGAAAGAAAACCCUGUGUCCCUUAAACAAAAUUAUAUAUAAUAAGUGUGAAAGCACUUAAAGGGACACUCUAGGCACCCAGACCACUUCUGCCCAUUGGAGUGUUCUGGGUGCCAACUCCCACUACCCUUAACACUGCAAGUGUAAUUAUUGCAGUUUUUUAUAAACUCUAAUAAUUACCUUGCAGGGUUAAGUCCACCUCUAGCGGCUGUCUACUAGACGGGCACUUCCGUGCCUUUCCUAUGGGGAGCUCUAAUGCGCAUGUGUGGCAUUGCCGCGCAUUAGGUCUCCCUGGCGGGCGGGAUCAGUCUCGCCCACCGGCCGACGUAAUGCGGAGGAGGAGGAGCGGCGGUAGAGGAAGAAGGGGCGACGUAGGACAUGUCGCUGCCUCUGGGAAGUGACUGAAGGGGUUUUCACCCCUUCAGCAACCGGGCGUGGGAGGUGGGACCUGCAGUGCCAGGAAAACAGAUUGUCUUCCUGGCACUGGAGUUUCCCUUUAAUAUGAGAAAGGUGUGGAUGUACUUAAUAUGGUUGAACAGACAUAAAGCUCAUAUUCCAGGUUUUGUCUUGGUCAGAACUUGUACAAUUGCCUCUGUCUUUAAUGGGAUGAAGUGGCACUGUGACUUGUCUGCUUGUAUGGUAGCACCUUGACAGAGUAGAUGAGGAGAUACAAUUUGUCCAUGCCUUUUGAAUCUACUCGUGAUUGUUCUGCUCUUGGCAACUUCAUCUGCAUGGUGUUAAGGUUUUUCUUCUUACUAUCUUGGAAUAUGUCUGAACUAUUCCAAGAAUCGAUUUGCAUGCUAGUGAAUGUGAGGAAAAUGCUUUGCUGCAACUUGCACACUUCCUUUUUGUCAAAUGAUGGGCUCUGAAAUUGGGUGAGCAGGUGGAUCACAGCGAACAAUGUAAAACAUUUUUACAGGACAGGGGUAGUCACUAAACCAAGAACUGCAAAUGCUCCAAAAGAAGCAACACAUUUUUUAAAUUGCUUGAAAUGUUAAUUGCAUGUUUGUUAUUCAGUACUUUCUAAAUUUACAUAAAUAUAUAUUUAUUUAUUUUUCUCCAUUAGGUCAAAUAUGUAGUGAUCUGAUUGAUGAGUUAAUGUCUUCUGAUGGUAUGUACUAAAAUUCUUUUCCAUAAGGUUUAAAAAAUUUUUUUUUUUUUUUUGUGGAACUCUGAUAUUCCCACUUAACAGCAACUAGUAAUUGUUUAUGCAUUGUUGCUAACAAACAUUUAUAUUUCCAUGCUGCAUUGCACAAGCACAUAACCUUGGAUGUUGCAGUUUGGCCAAGAUGUGCCAGCACAUAGCCUGAGGGCCACUAAAUGGACCUAGAUCCCUCUAAAUGAAGUGGUCUAGGUACUGUAGUUUUAACUCCGUAAUGUCAAACAUUGUAGUUUUUCAGAAACCUCAGAUAGCCACUAGAGGAUCUUACUCUAUUCAUUUGGUCAUGUGAAUUACAUGCCUUCCUAUGAGUAGGAUUUGAUGAGAGGCACAUGCUUCUAUCAUCUACAAUGCUCCUUUAUAAGGAGCAAUGCCUCUGCUAUGACUUUGUGAGACGCAGUGUGGUCAGCAGCACUGAGGAAGCCUCAGCGUGAAAAGAAUAAGUGAUAAUUUUCUAUUGUCCAAAGCAAAAUCUAUGUUUCGGCCCCAAUGAAAAUGUCGUAUUAUGUCGUGUUUACUGCCUAAAUAAUUUGCACUUUGCAUCCUACCUGUUGAGCCCUUUUUCCCAAAACUGCCACACCAUUUCAACUUCUGAAUUUUUUUUUUCUAUUUUUUACUUUGCAAAAGGGAGAGCUUUGAAUUUGGGUCUAUGGCACUUGAGCAUUAGGAAUAUACUUUGUUUCUCUAAAUCUAUAGUGUUCCAUAAUAUAAUUAAAAGUGUAUAUUUAAAAAAAAAAAAAAAACUCUAUUUUCCUCGGGAUCUGAUGAUUUAGUGACAACUUGCUGUGUAGAAGUCGCCUUGGAUAUUUACACCAAGCCAAAUGUGUGUAAAUAGGACCACUCAGCAAGUAGACAAUUAGUUUGAGCCAAAGUGCAAGUGCCUCUUUUUAAAGCUUUUCAUUAUUUGAUAAAGUCAUCCUGUCUUUUUGCAUGAUACUCAGACGCCUUAAUAGGAGCAUGGUGUCCUUUUAAAGGAACAUUCUAGGUACCAUAAUCACUUCAUCCUAUUCAAGUGCUUAUGGUGCAAAUAUACUGUCCUUCAUUCAUUUUAAAUGUUGGAACAGCUUGAAAGUAGAGUUAAAUUACUCCACUUAAGAGUUCCUGUUAAUCAAAGCCAAGAAUUAAAUGUCAUUACAGCAGGAGUUACCCUGCAGGAGUGAGUGCUUGCAUGUUCAAAGAGAGAAUUGGUCUGUGAUUAUUCCGGGGCACCUGCACAUGGGAGUCUUUAGACUUGCAAAAACUCUACUUGGGUGCAGCUAUUACAAGUCUUCUCAUUUAAGUACACUGUGCGUGUUUUUGUAACAACUCCUUAUGGAAAACUGUUAUUUAAUUGACUGGGCUUCUUGUUCACUUCUAGCUCUGCUUUAAAAUGCUGUUUUUGUUUUACAAAAUGGAAAAAUAAAUUGAAUUUAAAGAAAAUUAGAGACCGUAUCCUAGCACCAUAACCAUCUAAAUUUUCUCAAUUUAAUAUGGUGUUUGGUGUCCUCUUUAAUUGACAAUUUGUUUCCCCCAACACACAGAACAGCAGUUUCAAUAUGCUUAGCGUUAUAGUCAUGUUUUGGUUUUUUUUAGGAUUGUUUUUCCUUCUUGUUAGUCUUUUAAUUAUCUUAUCUUUUUAUAUUUCUCCUAGUGUUUCCUUUGUUGCGGCUUUCCCCGACUCCAGGAGAUGAUUACAGUUUCAAUUUGGAUGAUACCGAAGGUGUCUGUGAUCUGUUUGAUGUGCAGAUAUUAAAUUGUUAG